AUGGAUAUAAAGCAAUAUGAAAUAAAAAAUAAUAGUAAUAAUAAUAACAACAAUAGUAAUAAUGGUAUUGAUAAUAUGGAUAGUCUAUUAAGAUGUCCGAUUUGUUACGAUUAUUUUAACACAACAAUGAUGACAAAAUGUUCACAUAAUUAUUGUUCAUUAUGUAUUAGAACUGCACUUUCUUUUAAAGAAAGUUGUCCUUCAUGUAGAUUAGAUUGUAAUUCAACUCAGCUAUUAAAUAAUAGACAUUUAGAUCUAUUAGUUCAAAAUUAUAAAAAAUAUAUAAUAGAUCUAGAAAAAGAGAAUCAAAAAAUGAAAAAUAAUUGUAAAUGCAUUAAUAAUAAUAAUAAUAAUAAUAAUAAUAAUAAUAAAAAUAAUUUAGAAGGCAAGAAUUUAGAUAAAAAAUCAACACCCAAAAAAAGAUUAUCAUCUUUAGAAGAACCUUUAGAUAGUAAUAAAAAUAAUUCUGUAAAUACAAGUUCUCAAACAUCACCAAAUAAAAAAAUAAAAAAUUCAUCUCCACCCUCCUCACAAUCACCAACACCAAUGAUGACAAGAUCUCGUUCAAGAAAUAAUAGUAUAGUUGUUAUUGAUCAAGAAAAAGAAAAAGAAAAUGAAAAAGAAAAAGAAAAAGAAAAAGAAAAAGAAAAAGAAAAAGAAAAAGUUGUAGAUUUAGAAAGUGAAAAUAAGGUUAUAGACGAUACUAAUCCAGAUAAAUUAAAUGAAAUAAUUAUAAUAAAUGAAAGUGACACAAGUAAAAAUAAUGCAAAUACUAUCAAUACUGUAAAGGAAGAGGAUGAUGGAAAGUUAUUAUGUCCAUUGUGUAAUAUAAGAAUUGUAAAGGAGUUUAUUAAUAUCCAUGCAAAUGAAUGCUUAAAUGAUGGCGAAAAAAAACAAAAUAAUUUUAAACUUAAUCAUUAUAAUUUAUUUAAUAAUAAUAAUAACAAUAACAAUAACAAUAAUAACAAUAACAAUAAUAACAAUAACAAUAACAACAGCAACAAUACAAAUAGCAACAGUAAUAUUAGCAACAAUAGUAAUAGUCAAUAUAAUCCAACAAAUGGAAAAUAUUUACCAAAAAUAGUUUACUCAAUUAUGAAUUCAAAGCAAUUAAAAGAUGCAUUAACAAAACUAGGUUUAAAGACGAAUGGUGAUAGACAGGCUUUAAUUAAAAGACAUAAAGAAUAUAUAACAAGGUUCAAUGCUGAAGUGGAUAGUUUAGCGCCAAAAUCAAGUGAGGAAAUAACGACAGAGUUAUACAAGAACGAAACUGAAAAAAAGAAACCACCCAACUCCCAUUAUUUUGACCAAGACAAACAGUUUGAAAAAUUAAAAAAAGAAAUUUUAGAUAGAAAUAAUAAAUAA